AUGUUCUUCGGCGUCCUUAUUUUGUUACCAAUUGUACAUGGACAAGGUGAUUUAAAUAAAACUGAAAUUGUUCGCGACGUUAAUUGUAAGUUGACUGGACAGAACUGUGGCCCCAAUAUGCACUUCACUACUAUCAAGCAAUAUUAUCAAUUUCGACCAGGUUUUUCGAUGAAAUUAUCGCUAAAAAAAGUUUGCAUACAGCAAUGCAAAUAUGCGAGUACUCAAGAAAUGAAAAUUGUUGAAAAAUUCACUACACAACUAACAACGAGAUCCCCACAAUGUUCGAAAAUUGGUCUAUGUGCAUUGAAUGAAAAAAUAGAAGACCCCAGAUGCAAAUUAACUGAUAAAAAAUGUGGUGAAAACAUGAAAUUCGUCACCGUUAACCGCAGUAAUCGUAUAAGGGCGGCUUUCGUUUAUUCCUUUAGACUUUGCAUUCAACAAUGCAAAUGCGUACCAAACGAAUACUUUGAAAAGGACGGCAAAUGUCUUAGGAAUUCAACUGAGAUUUUAAAUAUUAACCAGUUCGCCUAUUCAUAUGGUGACGAAGUAUUUGAUUUUUCUUGCCAGUUGGCCGGCAGCAAAUGUGGACUGAACAUGAUGUUUGUAAAGAUCGAUCCAUAUAAAUCACGUUUCGCCUAUCCGCAAUUUUUUUCCUCCGCUUUUUGUGUCGUACAAUGCAAAUGCAUUAAACCGUAUGAGGGAAAAGAUGGACGAUGCAUAUAA